AUGGCGUGCAGAAGACACAUUGCGGUAAUUUUGGCGACUUGCCUCCUGUCUCAGGCGUUUGCCUUGCCUGCCAAAACCAUAAGAUGGCAACGAGAUAAUUUCGAUAACGAACUUGGAGACUACAAUGACAAGAUGUCAGACUUAACGACAUCGACUACAACAUCAUCAGUGACAAUUGACCCAUUUGAUGAUGACGAUGAUGAUGAUUUCGGCGAGUCAAUGGACUCGGCACCGACCACAGGGGGUAGCAGUAUUUUCAGUCUGCUGCGUCUCGCUGGAGCUCUAUUCCCAAGCUCUGGUGGCACCAAUAACGUGAGUCGCAUAUCAUGCCUUCAUAAUAACAUUAUUGUAAUAAGGCCUAAAUCGGACAGAUACGCCAUACUAUGCAUGUGUGAGUAAAUUUAGAACAGGAAAUGGAAGUAUUUUAGCACGACACUUCUAAAGGUUAUUACAAUAAGCGCCGGUAGGUUGUCAAUUAUGCGGUUUCGGUUAGCGUAA